UUGGCAAUUAAAAUAACAUAUGUUAAUGCUUCGAACCUAUUAGACUACAAUACAAGUUCAGAACAGUUGAACAAAACCAAAACUCGUGGAUCAAAAUUUCUAGUUGAACAUGCCAACACGCCAAAUUGCGUGAAACCAUAAUGAGUUUUAACCUUGGCACAUGGAGAAACAACCCAUCACAUUGGUUUUGUUCCAUAAGGAACCACAUUCAGCAAGGAUCAUUGAGAUGUGCUCUUCUUGCGUAUAAACAAACCCGGCAUGAAGGAGUAUAUGAUUCCAGCGUUGCCCCUCUGUUAUUCAAGGCUUGCGCUUCUCUUCCAUUCCUUCAUUACGUGAAGGCCUUGCAUGCAGAGUCCAUCAAGGCCGGUUCAGAGAGCGACGUGAUCAUCGGAACCGCAUUGCUCACAACUUACUCCAAAUGCGGUGUCGUUAGGGAUGCGCGUAAUCUGUUUGACACAAUGCCUGAGAGAAAUGUUGUGACUUGGAAUGCCAUGAUCAGUGGGUACUUGAGAAAUGGAGACACGGAAUCUGCUUAUCUUGUGUUUGAGAAGAUGCAGGGGAAAACGCAAGUGACUUGGAGUCAGAUGAUUGGUGGGUUUGCUAGGAAUGGUGAUAUUGCCACUGCUAGGAGGUUGUUUGAUGAGGUUCCCCAUGAGUUGAAGAAUGUGGUGACAUGGACUGUGAUGGUUGAUGGGUAUGCUAGAAUAGGGGAGAUGGAAGCUGCCAGGGAGGUCUUUGAGAUGAUGCCUGAAAGGAAUUGCUUUGUGUGGUCAUCUAUGAUUCAUGGGUACUUCAAGAAGGGCAAUGUCACUGAGGCUGCGGCUGUUUUUGACUGGGUUCCGGUUCGGAAUUUGGAGAUUUGGAAUUCCAUGAUUGCUGGCUAUGUUCAGAAUGGAUUUGGUGAGAAAGCACUGCUAGCUUUUGAGGGAAUGGGAGCUGAAGGAUUUGAGCCGGAUGAGUUCACUGUUGUUAGUGUUUUAUCUGCUUGUGCUCAGCUGGGGCACCUGGAUGUUGGUAAGCAAAUCCAUCACAUGAUAGAACACAAAGGGAUAGUUGUAAAUCCGUUUGUGUUGAGUGGAUUGGUUGACAUGUAUGCCAAAUGUGGUGACUUGGUCAAUGCAAGGCUGGUAUUUGAAGGGUUCACUGAGAAGAAUAUUUUCUGCUGGAAUGCUAUGAUUUCAGGUUUUGCCAUCAAUGGAAAGUGCAGCGAGGUUCUUGAGUUUUUUGGCAGGAUGGAGGAAUCAAAUAUAAGGCCUGAUGGUAUCACCUUUCUUACUGUUCUUUCCGCUUGUGCUCAUAGGGGUUUGGUCACUGAAGCUUUGGAAGUAAUAUCUAAAAUGGAGGGAUAUAGAAUUGAAAUUGGCAUCAAGCAUUAUGGAUGCAUGGUUGACCUAUUGGGCAGAGCAGGGAGAUUAAAAGAUGCUUAUGAGUUGAUAGUAAGAAUGCCAAUGAAACCUAACGACACAGUUUUAGGGGCAAUGCUUGGAGCAUGCCGGAUUCAUUCAGAUAUGAACAUGGCAGAACAAGUAAUGAAGUUGAUCUGUGAAGAGCCUGUUACAGGUGCUAGUUCUCACAAUGUGCUUUUGUCAAAUAUCUAUGCAGCUUCUGAAAAAUGGGAGAAAGCUGAAAGGAUGAAGAGGAUCACGGUAGAUGGAGGGUCUCAAAGGAUACCCGGAUGUAGUUCAAUUAUCUUUAGUGACUCUUGUGGAUUUAAGUGCACAAGUCCCACAUUAAAAUCAAUGGACUAAGUUCAAUCUGAAAAGAAAUACCUCUAUCAAAAAAGAAGAAAAUGAGAAAUACCAAAAGAAACACUGCUCUAUACACGAAAUAGUCUACUGGCGACAAAGACGCAAGGGCUUUUAUCAUAACUGCAGUAACUGUGAGCCCCACACCAAGACCAAUGCAUGGCUGCAGACUCCAGUAUGGGGUAAUAUUCCAACAGUUCUUGAUUAGCAAAGCCAUUUUGAUUUGUGAUUCUGAUCAAAGAGUUGUCUGAGUAAAGGGCAAGGAAGUGUAGUGAAGAUUGACUUAAUCGGUAGGAUCCAAUGAAGUCUUGAGUUAAUUUUCUGAUGAUUUUCCAUCAUUGAUGAAUCAGUUAAGUACCAUGAUAAGCCUUUUCUGAGACCAGUGGCAAUGCCCUGACUUGGGAAUAGAACAAACCCCCCUUCCCCUAAACUUUAAAUUGUCAGAUAUUAUGUAACCAAACUUCUUAAUUAUCACUAUAAAAUUUCAUAGCAUUUGAUGUGUACUUGGAACGUAGAACAGCAACUUUGAAAUGUAACAAAACUGGUUUGGUAUAUUGAAGGUACAAAGAUUUUUGCAUAUAUAAUCUCUUGAUUCACAUAAAUCCCAGUCAGACAAAGUAGAGGGAAACAACCUCUUUGUUGUACUGCAAUA